CAGGAGGGUAGGCCCCAACAUUCGGGGCCUUACAGAAGCCUGAGCGAGCGGGGAUACUCCUCAUCGUAUUCUUCCUCCCAGUAUGGCUCGUAUUCAGGCUACAGCAACGUUCUACACGGCGACCAGUACCAAUAUCAACAGGCUACUGCUGGUAACUAUUAUCAGUUGAAGGGCGGCUAUUACUCGCCGCAAAGCACCGGGCCGCCGUUUCCUGGUGUUCAAAGAUACGGAAGCUUGGCCGAGGAAGCCUGGUCGUGCACCACGAAAGACGAUUCCGGCAAUCCAAAGCCGAGGACUUAUCUAGCUUAGCUGGCUUCGAGAAUGUACACGGUGGCGUGUUAUUAUAUACGAUGACGAUUCGUGACGAAUCGAUUCGAUCUCGCGUUUUUUUCCAACGGCGGAUUAUUUAUUAUAUCGUGUAUUCUUCGUUGGUGAGAAAUCGGGUGUUACCCGAGCUGUGAUUUAGCUUGGAACUGGGAUCGCUGGAUGAUUGAUGACGAACCUUAACUCUUUCACCAAUGAAAUCGAUGGUUUAUGAUUUGAGAGGAGGAAUAUUUGAAUCGAUGUACAUUUUCGAGAUGAUUUUUCGAGAUGAUUUGUCUUGUUAUUGUGUUAUUAUAUUUGUAAUUUGACUCGUGCUUGACUUUGUAUGAUACAUUUAUUAUUUAUAAUGUACUUUAAUAUUAAAUUAUAUAUCAUCUGAGAGGAUGAUCGCAACAAUCCUUUUAAAUCAUUCGAAAUCUUUAAUUCAAUUAAAAGAGAAUUUCAUAUUUUUUAUUAUAAAACAAAUUCCAAAUACAUAAUGUUUAUAGUAUAUAUAACCUAUUUAAAAGAUCAUAAAGCAUAUUGUUAAUCCUAUAUUAUCAUCCUUAUUUCGUACAAAUAAUUUAUAUUCUGUUAUAGAAUAUAAGUAGAUGUAAAAACACAAAUUAUAUUUUUGUUAAUAAUAAUAAAAUUAACAUAAAUAAUAAUUCAAAUUAUCGAUUAUCGAUUGUAUUACAGAUUAACAUUAUUAAAAUAAUUUCGAUAAAGGUGAAAGGGUUAAUUAAUUUUAAUAGUAUCAUAUCGUGGCAUCGAAAAAUAAUACGAUCAAAAUAAUUGUGUAACAAUCGGCAAACUUGAAUGAAAGAACCUGUUGUGCCUAUAUGGGGACAUAAGAAUAAUAAUCAUCUAUUUCGAACGUUCGAAAGUAUGAUUAGUCGAAAAGAAACUCGAUCUAUCGUAUGAAAGAGACUUUAACAAAAAACCUCGACUCGGGUCGUUUAUUAAGUAUUAAAACUCUCGAAGGAUUUGAAACAUUGUCACGAAGAGACAUCUAAUUUCCAUCUAAUUUCGAUUAAUUUUAAUAUCACGAAUUAUCCUAUAAAUUAAUUAAAUGCACUCCAAAAUAUGUAUAUCUAAAACCAGUUUUAUAGUAUUUAAUCCAUUAAACGAGUUAAUUCGUCAUCUCAUUUACGAAUAUGUUGAUAUAAUAUAAUGAUAUGAAUAUCUUGGUAUAAAUUAUUAAUUAAUAAUAAAUUUAUUACUUGGGAAUUCCCGAUUUUU